AUAUUUGACUAGUAAAUAAAAAAGAGAAGAAAGAUGCAAUAUAUUUCUUUUAAGAAAAAAGAAAAAUUAAGAUAACAAAUGAAUGGUCGGUUGGUCGCACUCACAUAACCUCUCACUCCAACCCUUUUUAUCUUUGUAUAAAAAAACUAAUACAUAUUUUGGGAGUUUUUAUUUAAGAACAUGCGUAUUUAGUGGGGGAAAAAUUCAUUUUACAAUUUACACUGAGCCCUUUUUCUCAGCCCAACCCAGCACCCCCACGUUCAUUCAUCAACGAAACUCGUCAGCUCCAUCAUAACAAAACAGCAAAUCUGCCUCGAGAUCCUCUUGGAUUCUCUCAUCAGUCCCGCUCGAUGCCACCGUUCCUUCUCCCCGUUGAAAAUCACUAGCAGCAAAUCUGCCUUCUUGUGUGCAAUAAUUUGGACUAAAAUGUAAAUUAAUAUAAAUUAGGGUAGUGAUAGGGAGUGGUAAUAAAGAAUAGGUUAGCGGAAUCUUAUGUAAUAGGUCAAAACUUAGCUUAUCGAUUCGUGGAGCGGGAGCGAGAGCGAGAAAGCAUCUAUUUUGCGAGAAUUGUAUUUCGAGAGUAUAAAGAGAGUGUUCAUAUUAUAUUAUUUUAAUUAAUAUAUUAUAUAAUAUACUGACACAACUUGGACAAAAGAACAAAGUUGUAAUUGCUACUUGUACUAAACUACUAAUUAAUUUUAUACAUAGGGUAAGAUAAUGUCCUAGAGCCAACUUUUGGGCUUUCCAGUUCGUUUAGUUAGAUUGGUUUUCUAUAAAAGUGGGCUUUAGUUUUAGGUUUUAACUAUGGCUUAGAGUAUCCAUUUGAAGCCCAUAUCUAUUUGGAGCCCAUAAGUAAGUUAACUGAUGAGAAGAGUAAGGAUUUAUUCUCCCUGCAUUCCGUCAUCUUCUUCGUUUCUUUCUUCUUCAACUCUUUGCUGACGACACCGUCAUAUUUGGCCUAGCAACCACAGAUGAGGCCACAAGAAUUCUUGACAUCAUCAAUCAGUACGGAGCAAUCACGGGGCAAGAAGUUAAUGCAACAAAGUCGUCAAUUUUCUUCAGCCAUAAUGUCACAAACGAGGAGAAAAAGGAGAUCAUUGACACUAUUGGCUUUGCGCCAACCAAUUGCCACUCACAAUAUCUUGGAGUCCCAACAGAGUGGGAAAGAUCUAAGAAGGAAACGUUUAAGUUCCUGUUACAAAGAAUGGAGAAAACAGGUGAGGGGUGGAAUAGCCUCAUUCUCUCCCUCAGGGGAAAGGAAACUUUGCUGAAAGCGAUCUUUCAAGCCAUAGCCACAUUCACAAUGUGCCUUUUUCUCCUGCCUAUCGCUACCAUUAAUAAGAUGGAUGCUCUUCUCCGAAGGUUCUUCUGGUCAUGUUCCCUUAACAAAAAAUCUAUCCACUAGAUUAAGGGGCAGUUUCUUUGUGACCCCAAGAAGGAGGGCGGCCUCGGCUUCCGCUCGUUUAGAGAGUUCAACUUAUUCCUCCUGGCAAAACAAUCGUGGAGACUUCUCACGAACCCGAACUCUCUGUGGGGUAGACUUCUCAAAGGGUUGUACUUCCCCCAAACGGACUUCCUUUCAGCUAAAAAAGGAUCCCGUCCAUCUUGGAUAUGGGCAAGCCUCUGGGAAGCAAGAAAUUUGAUGAGGAAAGGGACAAUCAGAGUUAUUGGGAAUGGCCAGAGCACUAGAGCGUUCAAAGACCCAUGAAUUCCUGGGAUGAAUGGGGAGGCCAUCUCGACAGGGACAAAUGAAAACACUCUGGUGGCUGAUUGGAUCGAUGGCCAAAGUCGUUCAUGGAACUCCCACAUCUUCCCGCCAUCGAUUGAUCCUGUUUUCUCUCAACGGAUUGAAAGCAUCCCGAUUGGCACGGAGGAAGCAGAGGAUUUCUGGGUCUGGGGCCCCCACCCAAAUGGCACUUCUAGGUUAGCUCUGCCUACCACUUCUUCUAUGAGCAUAAAAAGGAAUGCUACAAGUACUGAGCCCCCACCCUCCCAGAUGGAAAGGGAUCGUUGGAAAUGGCUAUGGAGCUUCUCACUCCCUCAGAAGAUAAAAUUUUUUAUCUGGAAAUGUUCGCGGGGAGCUAUUGCAACAAAAAGUAAGUUGUACUCAAGGAAAUGCUCCUCAUCUCCGAUGUGCCCACUCUGCACCGUACACACUGAAACCAUCAAUCACUUCCUCUUCCAAUGCCAACAUGCACAACAAUCAUGGAUGGCAAUGUUCCCUUCUUUUCCUGCUCCCCCGGAGAGUGUUUCAAUUUUGGAGUAGCUGUCCAGCGUUCUUCCAAACACUCCUGUCAAUUCCAUCCAGACCAUCAACUUCCUUACGUGGCAUAUUUGGAAGGGCAUGAAAUGAGAAGAUUUUCAGAGGGGCCACUCUUUGGCCACCGGCCACCUGUGAUAAGGCGUCCAAAGAUGCAGUCUCCUGGGCGGCAUGUCCUCACCGUCCCAUGAUCCGGAAUUCAUCACACCACCAGCCUAGGACAUCCCUGAUCCAAUAAUCUUCACCGUCGAGUUCUCAUUUGUUUGAGAUACACUGUGAUGGGUCCUUUAUUUAUGACCCCCAGAAGGCAACUUAUGGUGUCAUUGUUCUUGACAACCCUGGAGAAAUUUGUGAUGGGAGGGCUGGACCAGUCUUGUGUUCACCCCCCAUUGAAGCAGAAGCCAGAGCUCUCUUGGAAGCUGUCCGUCUGGCAGAGUCUCUCCAGGUCCCUUGCAUGAUCAAAAUGGAUUGUUUGGCCCUUGUGUUGGCACUAUCCUCAGACCCUCCUGUUUGGCCAUGGCGAUUCACGGCUUGGCUUGGGAUCAUCUCUAGUCUCACUCAUCAUUCCAGUUGCAUCAGGAUUUCCUUUUUCCGACGUAAGCUCAACUUGAAAGCUGACUGAGUUGCUCGAGCUUUUGUUAGAGAUGAACUCCCUACUGAUUGGAUUACUGUACUUAAUCUCAUCUCCCACCUGAUGUAAUCCUCUUUGUACUGCUUCUUGGCUCGGGAUGAAUAUAUUGAAAGGAUCUUCACCAUAAAAAAAACUCUCCCCUUCACCCCUUUCUCUGUAAAAGGUGAAAUCCCUAAAAUUAAGUCCGGUAGAAUUUUAACACUGAGUUUCACCAUCGCAGAGAUCUCUCUCUCAUCUCUUCUUUCUACUCCACCACCCGAUCUCUCACGGUAGUGUAGCGACGGAGACUUCCAAACCCGUCGCCGCCGUCUCCCUCUCUCUCCCACUGAACAUUCUAGGAGGUCUCUUAUCCGCAUAAUCCCCACAUAUUUCACGAUCUCCUCAAUUGGUAAAAUCUUUUCGGAUGCAUGCAGAGACUCCGGCCUCUUCCCACCUUCAUUCGUCAACCCAACCACCGAUUUCAUCUCAUCCACCAUCUCGCCAGUCACUAAUGCUGGUGGUUCCUCUUAUGCUGUUUUUGAGAAAUAAAGUCGCGAAUUAGUUUACAAAAAUCGUGCUCCAACAUAAAGUAAUUUAUGAAUUUUGUGCGAACACCUAAUUUGCAUUUCAGCGCUCCAAGUCGGGAUCGUCGACCCAUUCCUGGCGAAUUGUGUGACCUAAGUCAGAACGCAACAUAUAAAUAGUUCCACACUAUGAUAAUUGCUGCGUGUGCUAAUAACAAACAUAAUGAUCUCUCUUUCCCUCUCUCUUCCUUCUUCUCAGCUUUUUCCCUCCCUUUUCUAACGUCUCUCUCUCGGAGCUCAUUCCUCUACUUCAUUCGCCAUUCCAAUUUCUUCAUCGAAAGCACAAUUCCAAGAUGGGACGUUGGAAGGUGGUAUCAGAGCCUGGUUCUUGACAGGAUGACAAAGAAACAUCUAAAGGAGAAUUUAGUUUCCUCCAUAAAUCAUACAAAAAUAGUGGAGAUGAGGCUUCAUGAAAUUGGUAUGCAUAUGAACAAGCAUAUUAAUUCAAUGGAGGAGCCAAGGAAAUGGGAAACAAGUAAGCCAACUUAGAAAAAAACCUACUACUCCAAAUACCAAUGCUCAAAGUAAUAUGAUCAAGGGUGCUUGUUAUAAAUGUGGGAUUCAUACUACUAUGGUCAUGUUGGUGAGCAGAAAGACCAGCUCAAUGCCCUCCACAAUGAAGAUGAGUUUGUGAU